AUGGCUUCAGUAAAGGGAAGUUGUAACUGUGGUUCGAUCACAGUAUCACUGGCUACACCUCCUUCAAAGACUGUUGCUUGUCACUGCCGCAAUUGCCGUCGUGCGGGUGGGCCAUACUCGAUUAACUAUGUCGUCGAUGAGAGCGAGGUAAAAGUGGAUGAUGCACAGAAUACAUUGAAUGAGUAUGAAGACUACAAGACAGCCUCAGGAAAUUUGGCCAGAAGAAACUUUUGCAAAGCUUGUGGAAGCCCGAUAUAUACCAUCGACAUCACCAUGCCUGGAAAGCUGCUCAUCAAAGCCUCUCUAUUUGAUGACAUUGUUGAAGAUAGAAUGGAUGUGUUUUUGGAUCGGAAGAUACAGUGGUCUGGUUGA